GCGGUGUUUGGGUUGCGGAAACUGAAAAGAGAAAAAACAGUUGGUCAGCGAGUGGCCAGAUAACGCCUUGCUGACAGUCAGAAGCACCUCGCGUCUGUCAGUGACGUUCUUUCGUGUUAUUUUGAUCUUGUCAGGUGCUCAAAGCCUCGUGAGUGACCGAAACUCAGCGCGUCAUGCCGGUGUGUUGUGUGGCGUCCCAGAGUUGUUCAUCUCUUAACUGAUCGGCAUUGUGUUGUAUUCGAUUCGUUAUGUCUCUUCGGUGUGCUCCAUAGCCUUAGUGUCAACAAUUUUGUGAUAGGAGAUGUACUGUAUUAAUGUUCUUUACUAUAUCUACAACAUAAUGUUGCCAUUAUGAGGUGAGCGGCAUUGACCCAGCCGCUGCGAGACAGGGCUGCGUGGUCAGUGGGCGAGGGUCUGUCGGCCAGGGUACAGUUGCUGCACACUGAGUCGCGGCGAGGCGGGCCACGAGGCAGCUCUGCACAGCCCGCCGGUCCACCGCUUCACCUCAUUAUGUCGACUCUGAUCGGGAAUCAUAGGAGUUCUGGCUUUCUUUGGGUCGGGCAGGGUAUGUCGGGUCCACGAGGAUAAACUGGAUAUGGGCGGGUGUGCCGGGUCGAGGGAGAGGUGGCGGGCUGGCAUUGUUAGCGCGGGGAGGCGAGGGUUGGGGCGGCCCCCUGCCCGCCCGUCACGCCCAUUACCGGGUCACCUGCCCACCCCGGGAGGGCGGGACGUGGGUGGUCCUCGUCACCUCGACACAACUUGUACCGAUGAAGAUUUCCAGCUGUCGAUCUUCAUUUGAAUAAAGCGGGUGUGGGGGGGAGGGGGCGAGGACGUCCCCCACGCGCCGACCCGCUCGCCGCUCCGCCCCCGGCUGCCCCGCCCCCACAUGCCCCGCUCCGCCGCCUGCACUGGACUCUGCGCCCUACGAAGGGGCUUGUCAAGGACCAAAUUGGCAUGUCGAAUCUGAUGCCCUGGUGCCCCCAGUGCCUGGGUCCAGGUGGCCCUCCCACAAUGCCUCGUGCCCUCUUUAGGAUGAAAAGCGCAUUCCGCUCCAGCGGCCGGCCAACGGGGCGGCGCGGCACCCACUGUAAAGUAGAUAUGUGCUGUAUAUCAUUUGGGCUCACGGCCACCUCCGCGCCAGACGUGCUCGCGACGGUUUGCUUGCUUCAGCUGUAAUUCAGGCUGGAAGAAGGCGUGUAAUCGCGUGUUUCUCCUGACAGGCAUACGACACUGACGCGGCUCGCCUCGCUCCGUGAUUGUGUGUAUGUUUAAAGACCCCCGCGUGAAGAGGGGGCGCUGUGGCCUGGCUCCGCCUCCCGCGCCGCCUCGCCCAAUCACCGCACUCGGCCCGCACAUCAAACGACCGCCGCCGCCAGAGCCUCGCCGACCGCCAGUCUAGAUGCGUUUCGAGUUUUGAGUUAAUGUUGGUGUUUACAUGAAGUUUAGCGCUGCAGUCUUCUUAACACAUUUUUUAAGUCGGUUGUUGAAAGUUAACCACAGUGUCCCGAGAGCGGCGCCGCGGCUUGCGUUGGUAUUGGUUUGUGGCGAUUGUGUCUGUGGGCCGCAUUCACACGGCCGCCCUCCCUCGCGACUCCUCCCGAGAGAAACGAGCUUCCGGAUUCCUGCUUCCCUGCGACGUGUUCCAAGUCUCUCCUGCGGAAGUUGACGGCGCCCUGGAGGAGGAGCAUGUCCCACAGCGCGGCAGGUGAGGGGCGGCAGGGGAGCCAACGACACCAACUCUCCGCCACUCGUGCCGCCGCUACUGCUGCCCCCUGCUGCUGGUCUUGUAUCUGCUGCUGACAGUGCCGCAUCUCUCCUGCUGUGCCUUUGUUCGAUGUUAAGUUAUCCGCGUGCCUUUCAGCUCCCGAGGCCUUUGCCGUUCUCUCCUCAGCGAGAGAAAAAUCGUCGUGCGGGGCAUCCACUGGAAGCAUCAGUCUCCGCGUAACGACGAGGAUGCAGGAAGAAUUUACCCUCAGGAAGUGCGAAGAUUAAUUAGUGGUAAUUACCGCGGGAGGCAGGUGUUGUGUCGGGGCGGUGAUGCCAGCCGCCCGCCCGCCAGCCAUCAAUCACGCGGCGCUGCACCAAACACCCGUAAUUCUGGAAAGCACACGUGAUGGGAAUGAAAAUAUCCCUGAGAUCCCGGUCCCGUUCCCUCGCCACUAGCAAGUCACCUAGGAAAGAAAAGUGACAAAGACUCUAUACUAACGUGUCACUGUGUCAUGAAACCACGGCUUCAUUAAGCGGCCCGAGUCUCGGCUUUACCCUAACCGCCCAAGCCACCGCAGCCCACGCCGCCGGCAACAAGUGAGUGCACCCGCGCCCUCUCAACACUCCCACGGGAGCAACGCGACUUCCUGUGUGACUUAGAACUCCAAAUUGACUCUCUCAACGUGUGGAAGCUUAAAUGGACAAUAUAAUCUAAGGAUUUACGGUGAACGUUUCCUGACCUUGUGGACGCAACAAAGAGUCCGGGAACAGUUUUUUACCGCCCAGAGAAAACUGAAGGUGGUGUCACAUCUCCCGCUCUGCCCAAGAUUACCACGUUGGCGGCGGCGCUGCUCAAACUGCUUGCUCAUCCAGUGGCCGCCCGGUGAUCUAAAGUGGCCUGGAGACCCCGACUGAAAAACACACUCGAGGAACAAAGACCACCGAGGCCCUGCCCUUCGAGCGCUGCCUGAAGAAGGUGUUGGCGGAGGUUCUCACGCCGCGGCACUGGCGGGCUCCUCCUCCAGCAUGGCGGUGUCGGCGGGGGCGCUCGGCCUCCCGCAGAUGAGGCCAAUCUUCUCGGGUUACCCCUUUCAAGGUCAGGGGCGCGUGAACCAGCUGGGCGGCGUGUUCAUCAACGGGCGGCCGCUGCCCAACCACAUCCGCCUCAAGAUCGUGGAGAUGGCCGCGGCGGGCGUGCGGCCCUGCGUCAUCUCCCGCCAGCUGCGAGUCUCCCACGGCUGCGUCUCCAAGAUCCUCAACCGCUACCAGGAGACAGGAUCCAUCCGGCCCGGCGUCAUCGGCGGCUCCAAGCCCAAGGUGACCACGCCGGACAUCGAGAAGCGGAUCGACGACUACAAGAAGGAGAACCCCGGCGUGUUCUCGUGGGAAAUCAGGGACAGACUGGUCAAGGAGGGUGUGGUGGACAAGGCGUCGGCGCCCUCCGUCAGCUCCAUCAGCAGGAUCCUGAGGGGCGGCAAGAGAGACGAUGACCCGCGCAAAGACCACAGCAUUGACGGCAUUCUGGAUGCUGAGCGGCUCGUGUCGAUCUCUCCUGCAGGGGGCGGCGGCUCCAUCUCCGACAGCGACACCGAGAGUGAGCCGGGUAUCCCCAUCAAGAGGAAGCAGCGGCGCGCGAGGACCACCUUCACCGCCGAGCAGCUGGAGGAGUUGGAGAGGGCCUUCGAGAGGACACAGUACCCCGACGUGUACACGAGGGAGGAGCUGGCGCAAAGGACCAAGUUGACGGAGGCACGAGUACAGGUGUGGUUCAGCAACAGGCGGGCUCGCUGGCGGAAGCAGAUGACCGGGCAGGGGAUGGGCGUGACGGCACUCAACGCCCUCGCCAUGAGCACCACCAGCUACCCCGGCAGCCUCCCACCCACGCUCCACCCGCCAGCCACUGCCCCCGCGCCCAUCACCUCAUCCACCACAACCGCCUCCACCACCAUGGGCGCCGCUGCACAGCACUACACCCACCAUGACCACCACGCCCACGCCGCAGCCGCAGCUGCCCACCAAGCCCACGGUGAAGCCAGCGCGUGGUCCAGGGCGGCACUCAUGAACCAGCAGGUGGCGGCGGCGGCGGCAGGCAGCGGCGGCGGCAGCGGGGUGACUGGCGGCAGCGGCGGCAUGGCGGAUGGCAGUCUGCAGGCCACCAACCUGCACCAGAGUGGCGCAGCGCAGACCAACCUGCAGACCCAAAUGAUGUCCAUGCUGUCCACCUCUAACAACGCCCCCUCCUCCAUCUUCCCCCCCGCCGCCCACACCUCCCUGCUGCAGACCGGAGGCUCAGGCGCGGGCGCGGGGCUUCUCGGGGGCCACGCUACCUCCGCCACAGACUACUCGGCCUCCAACAGCCUCACCACCUCUGCGGGGCACCACGGGGAGGCCUCCUGGGCGCCGCUGCACGCUAAGACUGGUGACGCCUGGGGAGCACAUCACCACGCCCACCACAUUCCUUAUGAUAACUAUAGCACCAUGAUGGGCGGCAGCGAGAUGCUGAUGAGCGGCCAGCACUUCCCCAUGGAGAGCAUGAAGACCUUCCACUACCCCACGCAGUACACGGCGGCGGCGGCGGCGGCCAACUUCAAUCAGCAGCUGCGGCACCACAAGGGGGCGCCGCUCCCCCUUUUCUAAAGACGAAAAACCUUUAGGAAGAAGAGGAAAAGAAGGGGACUCAUACAUAGAAUACGACGGAUAGAAAAUGUCCUUUAUAUUAUAUCAUGGAUAACGUUUGAAAAGUUUGGAUUUUUAUUCGACUUUAUCAGGAUUUAGAAAACUUUAUUUUAUUUUUUUUAUUUAUUUAUUUAUUUUUCUUUUUUUUUUUCUCUCAUCGUGAGCGUGAAGCGUUCACGGGCGACGCGUGGCCGCCGGGGACGCAACACGACGCUUGUCCCUCGACACAUCGCCGUGUAUUGUAUUCUGAUUUUUUUUUUCUAGUUCUUUUAGCCUCAUUAAUUCGCAUAUACCGUCCUCACAGCCUUAAUGAAUCUAUUCCAACAAUCAUUUUCAUGACGAGCAGCUUCGAAACACCUGAUGUCUGCAGCUUUAGAUUCCAUGAAUGAACCCUUCAUUCACAUCUUAAAGUUCGUGUUUUAUCCAGCUCUAAAUAUAGAGCUUGCCUACAGUUUGUAGUAUAGAACGUGCAGCGUGAGGCACGUCCUUGAAAAUAAAAGCCUUCGGAAACACUCACGCCACUUUCGCUGGCGCGUCAGGAGCGAGGGCCAGCCACCGCCGCGAGAGCUCAGGAACCCGCCAGAGGCACCGCGUCCGUCCAAGCGUCAGGCCUUACCCGCACCCUGCUGACGAGACCCAAGUGCCUCUUGUUGUAAUUAGAUGUUGGUGUGCAAUUCGUAACACUGGAAAGUGAAUCAGGAUGCCGAGUGUGUUCCUGGCUGCCGGUGAGGAUCCUCUUCCCGGUGCAGAUUGUCCGCGGCUGCGUCUGUCUUCCUGUGUGAAUGCUGCAGAUCUUCCAACCCUCCCAAGUGUCUUCGCAUAGCUAUAAGGUGACUAGUCGGCCGAGGCGAGACAGCGAGGUGGAGCAGACCCUGGUGUGUGCUGCCGCGACGCCUUUCAAUCCCUCACAAGACUACCGUCAAUACGCUGGCAUUCAGGACCACGUGAAUCUCGUGGGUGAGCUAAAAGCCUUUGAGUUCCAUCUGAGGCAGCAACUCCCCGCC